CAACCUUUCUCCUCGAAGCCGAUAACAACACCGCUCUUCUAGGCGACGAUCAUUCGAUAGUUCCCUUUCGGCUGGGUUCCGAAGCCUCAGCCACAAUCCUGCCUUCCCACUCUAAUUAUCGCCAUUACCGGAUUCGGACGUACGCUAGUGAAAGCAUCAAGCCCUAGGUAAACUUCCGAGAUAGCUUGCGCCACGUCGGACUACUGAUCUGACAACAUCACGGUUGAACGAUUUGCAAGAGCUAGAUCUAAGGAAAGAAGGAGAUGGCUGCAAUUCCUCCCCCACCUCCCCACUCUCCCAAGACAUCAGCAAGACCCGCAAAAUCACUCCUCGCCUCCUCACUCCUCUCCCCCUCCUCACUCACCACUAUCUUCGACAGUCUAAACAUCUCCAAAACCUCCGUAGCGCCCUCCGACAGUCCAUAUGUCUUGCAAACGGGCGUCAAGAGUCUCGACGAUGCUCUCGGCCCCACCCUCCAGAGCGGCAGGGUAGUAGCACUCAGCAGCGAAACAAGCAGUCAACGCGAUGACCUGGCGAAAACACUUCUUGUUGAUUGUCUUGUUAGGUAUGCUGAGGGAAUGGUGGCGGUUGUUGAUACGACGGGGAAUUUUGAUGUUGUGGGGCUGUAUACACGGAUUCUGAGUCGUUUGGAGAAAGAGUCUGAUGUGGAUGGAGCAACGGGUGAUGAGAGUGAGAAGCAGGAGAGGGAGGGUUUGGCGGCAAGAGUGUUAGAUCGGGUGGUGAUUAUGCGCGUUUUCGAUUUUGUGGGUGCGAGGGAAGCGGUGGGCGAGCUGAGGGAUGGACUUGAGGGACGGGCGAUUAAGUCAGAGAACCAUGGUGCACAAGAAGGCAGGCUGAACGCGGAAGAAGUCAACAUACCAGCGGAGAUGAUCACAAAGGAAAAUCAGUCACCGCCGCCAAAGAAGACAGAAAUCGCAGACAGCGAAGACGAGGCCUCAGACAUAUCAGCCUCAGACGACGAAAUGCUCUUCGACACUGCAGCACCGCCAGCAACAGCACCGACACCCGCCCUAUUACCACUUGCACAGCCAGAACAACGCGACCCACCAAAAGCCCAGCCCCAGCCAAAACUCAAACUCAUCCUCAUCGACAACCUCUCCCACAUCCUCACCCCCCUCCUAAAGCGUGACGCCAUCCGCUCAAACACACUGGCCACAACCUUCCUCACCACCCUCACAAAUCUAACGCGCACCUACGCUCUUCACACCAUCCUGCUGAAUCCGUGCAUCCCACCGCGCACCCCGUCACCAACACGCCAACCUCCCUCUCACACAAUCCCACCACCACAAGCAAACGCACCGGCGCCACAGCAAAACUACGUCCCUCAACCUCCACCCCGGCCGUCGAUCUUUUCUUCAAAUCAGGCGAUGCCGGCGCUGCUGGGAUUGUUGAGUCGGUAUGCGGAUGCGCAUGCUUUGGUGACGAUGCUGCCGAGAGGGAAGAUGGAUGCGAGGGUUUAUUGUGCGGAUGCUGGGGGCAGGGAGAGGGGGAGGAGGAGGGGCGUUGAGAUGGUGGGGGUUUGUGAGCUUGUUGCGGAUCGGUGGGGCGGGAGGGUUGGUGGUUGGGGGUUGUGUAAGGAGGGGGUUGGAAGUGUGUGA